AUGAGUUCCACCUCCAGCAAGCCUGGGAACUGGGACACCGCCUGGCGAUCCCGGCUGGGGCUGGACGCAGUGAUCCAGAGGCUGCAGGACACCAUCCUGAGUCCCACAGCCAGCAGGGGGGACCGUAUGCUGACCAUACGUGGGGACGGGCAGCAGGCCUUGCCCAUCCCCUUGCCUGCCCGCAUCCGCCAGAUUGUGACCGGCAGCCUGGGCCGAGAGCUUCCUGCAGGUGAGCUGGCACGGCUAGAGGAGCUGCUGGCCCAGGCAGGCGCCAAGCAGUCAGAGCUGGCCGGCAGGUACCGCGUGACCAAUGAGCAGCUGCAGGCUCGGCUGGGGACCACUGAGGGACAGCGACGCAGGGCAGAACUAGGCCACAGCCUGGACCUGGAGGAGGCCCUGGGUCGCCUGGAGGCGGCAGAGCAGAGGAGCACUGGCCUCUCCCAGGUCAACAGCCUCCUCCGAGCACAGCUGGAGCAGCUGAGGGUGGCCAACGAGGCGCUUGCCAGGGAGCUGGCCGGGAUGACGGGCCUCACGCUCCGCCUGCGGGGCCAGCUGGAGCUGAGGCAGCAGAGGCCCGGGGCCUGGACACAGCACCCGCGGCACAUCCAUCUCCUAUGGAGACAGACCUCAGCACUCCGGGCACAGCUGGGUGAGCUGCGAGCGGCCACAGAAAGGGGCCUGGCGGAGCUGCAGGCCGAGGUGCUCAGCACUGCCCAGCGUCUGCACGGAGCCUGCAGGAACCUGGACUCCAACCUGCGGCGGGCAGCCAGCAGCGUGACGGGUGCCCUGGAGCAGCGUCUGCGAGCCCAAGUGGCCGAGGCACUGCAGCUACAAGCCCAGUGGGAUGCCGAGAAGGUGGCGCUGCAGGCCAGGCUCUCCGAGCAGAUGCUGCUGGUGGAGAAGCUGAUGAAACCAGCGGACGAGAGCAGUGGGGCCCGGGCUUCCGGCCACGUGGACAUCCCGGCCAUGGUGGCACAAGCGGACACCAGAUGCCCAGAGGCCGAGGAUGUGCAGAACCAGCAGGGGGCCCUGCCAGGGGCCACUGCUCCCCACCAGAGGCUGUCCCCAACACAGGCCCAGGACCCUACGCUGCAGGCUGUGGAGGGAGAGCAGCAGGAGCUGAGCCUGCAGCUGAAGGACCCGCAGGCAGAGGUGGCCAGGCCCCAGCGACAGCUUAGUGAGAACCAGCGAGAGCGCCGGGACCUCCUGGGCCAGCACAGCCAGGCAUGCGCUGAGCCCCCAGACCCGCAGCAAGCACAAAGUCAGGGGCGCCCGGAACAGCUGCAGAGAGUUGGCCCGGAGAACGAACAUCUCGGCCUGCGGGACGCACUGGGCAGGGAGCAGAGGCGGUGGGAUCUCCACCUCCCCACCCCAGGACACCCCUCAUCCUGGCCUAUGACCCCCCCUUCCCUGGCCCUCAUCCUGCCCUGGGCUUCCUGCUCUCUGCCCCAGGCUGGGGCCAACAACAUGGACCUGGAGCUGCUUGUCCAGCGGCUGAGGUCUGAGGGGGCGGAGCAAAGGAACUCCCUGGCCCAGAUGGCUGCCCUGUUGGAUGAGCUGGCCCAUGACAAAGCUGCCCUCAGCCACCUGGUCCUGCAGGUGAGCUGUGGGUCUGAGCCCCCGUGCUGUGUGGGGGAGCCCGACCUGCACCAGGACAGCAGGACACUGCAGCAGGAGCAGGCCGGGGCCCAGGAGCAGCUGGCAGUGGUGGAGUGGCGGCUGCAGCGGGAGCAGCAGCAGCGGAAGGCACUGCAGCAGACCUGCACACACCUGGAGGAGCAGGUGGCCCAGGUCACUUCCAGGGAGCAGGUCCUGCAGCAGCAGCUGGGGCGGAGCCUACAGGCCCAGGAGGCCCAGCUGGACACCCUGCGGAGGGCAGUGCAGGACAAGGCCUCCCUGGCCAAAGAGCAGGCGGCCCUGGCGCAGCUGGGCCAGCUGGCAUCCGUGGAGGCUGCAGAUCUCAGGAACCAGAGGGAGGCACUGCAGAGCCGGCUCCUGGAGGCUGAACAGCAGGCGGCCCAGCUGGCAGAGGAGGCCCAGAGCGCCCGGCAGGACCAGCAGAGCCUGCAAGUGGAGUUGGAGCAGUUGAGAAGUGACUGGGAAGUCCAGGAGGUGGCACUGAAGUGGGAAUUGGAGCGAAUGAGGCAGCAGGUUGACCAGCGAGAGCGUGACAGACAGCUGGACCUGCAGCGCCAAGCCUGGGUCGACAGCAAAGAGCUGGAAGAGCUGAGGAGGCAGGAUAUCCAGGCCCUAUCCCUGAGGGAGGCCGAGAGGAGCCUGCUAAGCGAGAAGCUGUCCAGAGCCACCCGGGAGCUGGAGCAGGCGCGGCACGAGGCCCAGGCUCAGACAGCUGCCAGGAGCACCAUCGAGGAGCUGAGGGCCCUACGGACACAGCUUAGCAACACCAUCUCCAACCAGCACCUGCGGGAGUUGGCUGAAGAGCGAGGUCGCCUGGGCAGAGAGGCCGAGGUACUGAGGGCACAGCUGCGUGCAGCCCAGGAAGGGCUCCUGCGGAGCCGUGAGGAGAGUCGAGAGGAACUACGCCGGGCGCUGGACGCCGGGGCCUGCGAGAGGGACGUGCUGCGGCGCUCCAACGCUGAGCUGAGGGCCACCCUGCACCGGCUCACGCGCGAGCGGGCCAGCUUCAAGCGCUCUGAAGAGGAGAAGGAGCAGAGGCUGCUGGUCCUGAAGGAGGCUCGGGCGGCAGCACAGAGGGAGGCAGAGUGGCUGCGGGCACGGCUGCAGAGGCCAAACAGGGCCCAGGUGGACACUCCCCUCAGGCGGGAGCUCAAGAAACUACACAGACAGGUGAGGACGUUGGAGGCCGAGAGCCAGAGGAAGAGCUGGCAGGUCCUAGGGCUGCAGCACAGGCUGGCAGAGGUGGAGGCCACAGGGCAGGCCCGGGUGCGGCAACUGGAACAGCAACUGCACCGCAGCCUGGGGACAGAGUUGCCCAGUGCCAUGUGGCAGCUGCAGCCAGGCAGCAGUGUGGCCAAGGGCCUCCGGGCUGGCCCAGAUGGGGCCGGCCACAGGGUCCACAGUGUGGAAAAGGCGUUGGCCUGGGCCUUGGAGACCCAGCAAACACGGCAGUGCUCCACACGACAUGGCAACCAUUCGGCCAAGCCCACAAGAGAUGCUGACAGUUCCCAGGCUAGCCCAGGAUCUCAGGGUGGCAGCUCCCACUUACCCACGCCUGGCCUUGAGGUUGCAACCUUUGGGCAGGACCUCCUGGAGGACGCGAUGAAGGAGCUCCAGGAUGUCCAGCAAGAGCCGGCUGACACUCCUGGCCAGCUGACCAGCCUAACUGGUCAGCUCAGGCAGGUGCAGAGCGACUGCACCCGAGCCCAACACCUCCUGGGUCAGCUUCAGGGGGAACUGGCUGCGGUCCAGGAGGGUGAGCCCUGCACUGGUACCAACACUCGUGGGGCCCCACCCCAGGACCUUUGA